CCCGGUGUUGGAGGUAAUGUUAUUUGAACGAGUAAAGAAGUUGCAACCAGAGCAAGUUAACACUUAUGUCUCAACCAUGCCCCCUGUCUUCAAAUACAAAACUUCUAGGAAUAGCUUAGUGGAAUGGGGUAAAAAGCUGGAAAGUUUGACCAUAACAGAUAUUGAAAAGUGCCACCAUUGUGUUCCGGAUGAACCCGAAAAUAAUGUUUUAUCCGAGGAGCGAAUUCAGGAGGAGAACCAGAUGCUUUCUGAAACUGUUGAGGUUUGUAUGGAGGAGUGCGAUAACGCUGGUUUUGUGUCUGAAUUUGAGCACGAGUUACCAGAUGAAAGUGAUGAGGCUGGUUUUGAAAAGUUCAUUUCUUGUUAUCAGUUCUCGGAUAAGAGCGAUAACACUGGUUUGGAGCAAGAGGAUGCUGUUGAGCACGAUAAUGAGCCAGAGGUUGCUGUUCAGCCAGAGGUUGUUUAUGAGCCACAGGUUGCUGUUCAGCCAGAGGUUGUUUAUGAGCCACAGGUUGCUGUUCAGCCAGAGGUUGCUGUUCAGCAAGAAAUUACUCCCAGGUAUAAUUUAAGAAGACGCCCCAAACAAAGAAGUCCUCUCACUCUUAGUGGGAAAAAACAGAAGGCCAAGGGAACCAAUUGGCAAAAGAAUUAGCUGGAAAGCCUAUACAAGAAGCACCUCAAGACCAAACUUUUCCCAACACGCCUCAAAAGACGAUGGAAGGUAUGGGUCGUAGACUCCAGCACUUGAAAGGAUUGAGAACGGUAAGUAUACUAGUUGUCGAUAUUUGAACUUGAGUUAUAUAACAGAUUGGUUUAUGUUUUCUUAUUUUGAGCUUUGUAUCAUGUACAAUAGUCUGGGUUUGUGGUUUUGUAUUCUGAGCUUCGUAUGAUACAAAAUUUGUUGGUUUUGUGCCGUUUAUUUUGUAUUUGUUAGAUUGAAGGAAUGCUCUGCAUUCUCUUUUCAAAGGAAAAUACACUUUGUGUAUUAUUGAAUAUAUUGAAUGAAUGAAAACAGUUGCAACAGAAUUAUAUAUAGUUGAGUUAGUCUAACAGAAACCUAACAAACUCACUCAACCAUAAUGAAACAGUCAAAACAGAAAGCUAGUAAUAGCAGAAAGUAAGCAAAGUGCCUAAAGACUAGCUUAGCUCUAACACUCCCCCUCAAGAUCAAUGUGGUGGAAGAAGAACCACUUUGAGCUUGUUCCUUAAGUCUUGAAAGUUUGCACUUGAAAGAGGUUUUUUCAUAAUGUCAGCUAGUUGAGCUGAUGCAGUAACAUGUUGGAUCUUGAGUUUAUUAGCCAUGACUCUUUCUCUGACAAAAUGAAUAUCUAAUUCAAUAUGUUUUGUCCUAGCAUGUAGAAUAGGAUUAUGAGAUAAUAGCACAACA